CGGCAACACAACAACUACAGCAAAAACAACAUAAAUGGCGAUAUUAGCUAUAAUUGCAGCAACAACAAAGAUAGUAGCAACAAUAGCAACAACAACAAUAGCUGCAACAACAAAAACAAAAACAACAACAACAACAACAAUAAAAACAGCAGCAGCAACAACAACCCCAAGAACAACAACAACUUCAACAACAACAACUUCAAUAACAACAACAAUAACAAUAGCAACAACACUAGCAAUAACAAGAACCAUAGAGGCAACAAUAUCAACAACAAUAAAAACAAUAACAACAACAACAACAAUAUAACCAACAACAACAUCAUCAUCAACAAUAAGAACAACAACAACAGCAAUAACAACAAGAAUAAUAAUAACAAGAAGUUCAGCAGCUACAACAACAAUGACUACAACAACGACAACAAAAACAACAACAAAAACAAAAACAACAACAACAACAACAACAACAACCAUGACUACAACAGAAACAACAACAAAGCCAGUAGCAACAACAACAAUAACAAUAAAAACAACAACAAAACUAGCAACAACAACAAAAACAACAACAACAACAAGAGUAGCAACAACAACAAUAAUAACAACAAUAGUAGCAGCAAUAGCAUAGCAACAGCAACUACAGCAACAGCAACAAAAACAACAAUGACAACAACAACAAAAGUAGCAACUGUAGUAGCAACAACAAUAGCAACAAUAGCAGUAACAACAACUAUAACAGUAAUCGCAGCAACAGUAACAACAACCAUGAUAACAACAACAACAACUGUAAUCACAACAGCAACAACAUCAACAAUGCUACAAUAUCAACUAUAA